AUGAAUUUUGAUGAUUUUCUUGGAAAGCACCGUAAAUCUGAACCUAGGGUGGUUCUUAUAAUGCGUAUAUUCACGUUAAUUAUAAUUUCAACUUGUUUAAUUGCAUACAGCAUCUUUUUAAUCAAAGAAGUAAUAAGUGAAAUUCCUGCGAUUAAAACCUCGGAAGUUACUGUAGAUACACUUGCAAUCCCUGAUAUCGUGUUUGCGUUUGGCUAUCCUUUUCAAGUUCAUUGUUAUUUUAUAUGGACUAUUAAUGGACUUUUUUCUAGAAAUGAAACCUAUAGUUGUACGCAGUACUUAAAUAUUCCAAAAUAUUUUGAAGGACAAUAUAUUGGAUAUUUUUCUUUAAAUGAUCAAUCAGAGUAUUUUCAUUACUCGAAACUUGAAAUAGAUAAAGAACGGUUAGAUUAUUUACUAUUUUUAAUAGUUGUUGACGAUCCAAAUUUUAAUGCUUCCAUGGUAAGCGUUUCUGUCCCACCGCCUUACACAGUUAUUUUUGAUUCAGAAAAUGAUCCUAUUAAAUUAUCAGAUGAUACAAUAGAUCUUUCAUUAUUUGUAAAUUAUUCUCAUGCAUCAAGUUUUGAAAAAGACUUGUUAUAUAGUAGUAUAUUUGUAUUUCCAGAUAAAAUGCUCUCUACCAUUUCUUUUUUGAAAUACACAAAAAGAAAUAUUAUUCCAAGUUGGAUAAAUAAUGUUGGAUUUUUCAAUUAUAAAGAAACUACUUAUCUUAAAACAAAAUUGGAUCGAUUUUAUAUUGGAGAAAUUAAACCACAAUAUUAUAGUAUGAUGAUUAUUAAACCAAGUUCGUUUAUAAGUCAUAUUGAAACCGAACAGAGAAGUAACACGUACCUAGGUAUUUUUGGAGUUAUAGGCGGUGCUUGGGGAUUAGUUGUUGGAUUUUAUGCUUUUCUAUUCGGCGAGUCAUUAAUCCAUCCGUGGGGUUUUAUACAGAAAAAUUGUUGUAGAAUUAAACCAAAAACACAGAGUAAGUUAAGAGAAUCAUUAUCUAUUUUACCGUUAACUGAUUCUUCGAUAUUGGAUGAAAAGGAUAAAGUAGAAGAAGUGUCUGUAGAAGAAUUUAAUCGGAUGAAAGAAAAAUUGAAAUCUUUAGAAAUUUUAUUAAGAGAGUAUGUUAUAGAUGUUAAGUUUCUACAAAGUGUUGAAAAUGGUAAUAUUAGGGAAGCAUAA